UCAGAAGCAGACUUUUUGUGUAGCAAAAUAAGGCAGCCGGCAGCGGGUCUUUCGAAUUAAUGCGGAACUUUCAAAACAAACAUAUGUGAUUCUAGGUGGUGUUGAAACCAUAGAGGAAUAGUAAAAACUUAUAAUUUUCAUUUAUAAUUAUUUCAUAUUAAAAAUAUAGCAUCGAAAGUAUGCAAUCAAUAAAAUGUAAUUAUUAGUUAAUUCAUUAUGUCUAGAGAUUUGUCAACUUUCCCAAUAUCAUCCAGUGUUCGUUUUAAACUUUGUAAUUCUGGAUUUCUAACAGUCGAGGAUUUGUCAAACUUUAAGCCUAACGAGCUUGCCAAAGAAGCUGGAUUGUCUGCGGAAGAGGCACUAGAAGUUUUGGACUUAGUCUUUCCCCCAGUUUCGUCUCUUUCUGUUACUCAUAGUCUUGGUCUGAGUGCAUUUGAAGUAUUAAAAGUUGAAAAAUCUUUGAAUCCCAUCACAACCUCAUGCACAGCACUUGAUAGAAUUUUAAAAGGUGGAAUACCAUUGAAGAAAGUUACAGAAAUUUGUGGCUCACCCGGAUCUGGAAAAACACAACUUUGCAUGCAACUGUGCACGAAUGUUCAAAUCCCGAAGUCAAUCAGUGGUUUAAGCGGUGAAGCAUUUUAUAUUGAUACAGAAGGAAGCUUUAUUGUUCAAAGGCUGGUGCAAAUAGCUAAUGGCUCCAUUAACAAGUAUAAAGCUGGUUUAGAAGGUCCUGAUAUUCUAGAGUUUAGUAUAGACAAAAUUUUACAAAAAGUACAUUACUACUCUUGUAAAUCAUAUACAGAAGUUAUUGCUCAGAUAAAUGUUUUACAUAAGUUUCUUGAGCAACAUAAAAAUGUCUCAUUAAUUGUUGUGGACAGUAUUGCUUUUCAUUUUCGCUAUGGUUUUGAUGGUAGCUAUUCUUUGAGAAAUAGACUCUUAAAUGGCAUAAUGCAAAGCUUAGUUAAAAUUGCAAAUGACUUCAAUGUUGCUGUUGUUCUUACUAAUCAGAUGACCACUAAAGUCAAAGAUGAUGGGACUUCUCAAUUGAUUCCAGCUUUGGGAGAAAGUUGGGGACAUGCCUGCACCACACGCCUACUGCUGUCUUGGACAGAGAAUGAGAGACGCGCUCACAUUUUGAAAUCCAAUGCAUUAGAGGAAGCGGAAGCCAUGUUUGCUAUUACAACAGAUGGCAUUAGAGAUGUUGUUCUUGCUCAGGUUCAAAUGUGAUUCCAUUUAAAGAGGCAUGCCCUUGAUGGAAACGCCCACUACGAUUUAAACACGUCUACUUCGAUGGAUGGUCCACAUUGAACAGUUGACUUGCUGCUUGUGAUUGCGACAUUGUCCUCCUCACACUAUUGCUUCUCAGUCUGGAUCACACACACACUCGACUGCUAAGGGCAACACAGGAGCGACUAUGACCAUGAACAUACUAGACAUUUCACGAUCAGCACUCAAAAAAUACGGUGAUCCCGGCUUCUCACAAAAAACAAUGAAUCAACUAGUGGUACCCGUUCGUCCAAUUCUACCACACAUAAAAUUCUGGUGGAGUACUAUAGUGUAUCUACCACUACAAAAAUAUAAUUCCAAUUCACUAGUAUCUAAGACAGGUUAACUCAAUUCUAUGUUGGAGUGCCUUUUCAUAGAUGAAGGUUGACAUUGUUGAUAACUCCUUACUCCACACUAGUUUCAACCAUUUUGGCAAAAUUUAACAAUCACCAAUUUAAAAAAAAAUAUUUUAAUUUUUAUAAAACUUUAUUUGAUUGUUACACGUACCAGCAUGCCUGAAAGUCAAAUGUAAAGAUGUCAUAGUGGGAAAAAUGUGGCGUCAAGAAAUGAGAAAGAAAGAAUUUCUUUUCCAUCUCUAUAAGAUUGUCCUAAGAGUUAAAGAAAUUUGAUUGUUUUUCGUUUUUCAUUAUGAGUAACGCUGAAAAUGUUUAACAAUGUAAAAAUAAAAAUAUAAAAUAAUUUUUCAUCGUUAAAAUUUUUUUUUGACUGCAGGGUAAAUAAGGGAACUGUGAUUCUUUUUUGUUUAUAAGAUACUAAAAAAUUCUUUCUGAAUGGUGUUCUUCCUUCGUCAAUAUUAUACAGAUUUGCUUUUAUGAUUUAAAUACCAUUUUUUUUAAUAAUUUCUAAUAAAAAGUGUAACAUUUUGA